AUGACCAAGGAAGUGCGCACGCUCAAAAGCCAAGGGGGCAAAGCUAAACGUGAGAAAGAGAAUGCUAACUUGGAGAAGGAGAAGAAUUGUACUCCUAAAUCCAAAGCAGUCAUGUCCAGAAAGGGGAAGGAAAUUAUGAAGGAAGCCAAGGGCAAGCCUCCUUAUAAAGGGGAGCCUCACGCCAGGAAGAUUGACUUUGAUGAACAGAUGAUGGAAGAUCAAACUGGACCAGAGAAUGACCAGACUUGUGGUAUGUCGAUAGGAGGAGGAGAUACUAUGGGGAAAAAGACAGCUAUGGUCGUUGAUUCCUGCUGA